AAAAAUCAACUACAAUUAGUACAAUGUAUCUUUGAAUCUUUACACACUCCGCACACGACGCACGUGGCCAUGGUCUCUUCACGACAUUCAAGACUCAAGACUCAAGACUCAAGACACAGACUCUACUAGUCUACUACAAUAGUAUAGUAGUACUGUGUGCGCUCGUGCAGCUAUUAGGUGUCGUGGUUUCCGUCUAUUUAGUUAUAGAGUUGUAGUACUCUAGUGUCUCGUCUCUGGAAUCUGCUGCCUGGUAAAUUAUUAUAGUACUUAAAGUAAAUAGUAAGUCAGUAAUCGAUGCUGCGGACUGCGGAGCCCACUGGAUAGUACUAUUGGCCAUUCGUCAAUUCGUCAUUUCAUCAUUCAACCAAUCUGGUCUACUGUCAAGACGUAUUCAAUGUCGCUAGUGCAAGGCGUUUUACUAUAAAUUAUUUAAUUAUGUUUGUGUUCUAACUUCUAAUUCCCACUUCGGAAUAAAAAACGUUUGAUCGACCACAAAGUUUGGCAUUAAUUGUUGUUCACUCUGCCAGCUGUUGCCGACACAAAGAUGACAGAGGAAUACAUCAAAACUGUUUCCGUCCACAUGGACAAUUUGAACGCGCAUCCUCAUUGCUCUCAUGGACCAACGCUGUUGUUUUCUCGAGGAUCUGACGGUAAAAAGUUUUACUCUUGCUCGGCACAUAGAGAUAAAAAAAAAUGUUCUUUUUUUGUUUGGGAAAAUCAAAUUGAAUCAAUUGGACAACAAUUCAUGGAACAGUAUGAAAGGGAUCUCAUUGUUACAAAAAUGAUGAGAUAUAAAUUACAAUCCAAGUACGAUCACGUAAAAAAUUUAAACCCAGAAGAAAGAUGUUUCUGUCAGAAAUGUGGUGAAUUAUUUUCUAAGACUGAACAGGAUUUGCAUUCAGACCAUUGUGAAAUGCUAGUAGAAAAUAUAAAUGACUUAAAAUUAUCUCACCCUUCACAGUUGUUUAGACCACGUCAAGAAUCUAAAAGCGAAUCUCAAUAUUUUUUUACCGAAAACACAAUUGAAAUGUUGGUAAAAAUGUUUCGCUCUGUUGGUACAACUAAUGUUAUUUGUAUCGGUGCUCCUACUAUACAUGAAAGGAUAUUCUGCGACGUACCCGAAAUGAAGAGUUUUUUACUUGACAUUGAUCAUAGAUAUUUACAAUUUUAUGAAAGUGACCAUUUCAGAUGGUUUAACAUGUAUAACUGCCAUAUACUUGAGGAAUGUGACACGGACCUUGUAUUGGAAGAUAUUUUGACCCAAGGAGAUUCUACAGCCGUAUUUAUUGACCCACCAUUUGGUGGCAGACUUGAACCAUUAGCAUAUACACUAGAAAAAUUUGAUCAAAUUAGGAAGAAAAACAACAAAAGCAUAUUAUCGAAGUUUCUGGUAUUGCCUUAUUUUAUGGAACGAUUUGUGGUCAACUGCUUACCUGGUAUGUCAAUGCUAGAUUAUAAGGUUGACUACAUAAAUCAUAAGAAGUUUAAUAGUUCUGGAAGAAAUAAAGGUUCUCCAAUUCGAAUAUUUACAAAUGUAGAUCAAUGCAAGAUAUCUUUACCAGUAGAGGAAAAUUAUAGAUUUUGUGAUGAGUGUAAUCGAUGGGUUUGCUCAGAAAAUGUACAUUGCUACAAGUGCAAUAGUUGUACAUCAAAGAAUGGUCGUGCAUACAUACACUGUAAUUUGUGUAAGAGAUGUGUGAAAAGAACGUGGAAACAUUGCAAAGAAUGUAACAAAUGCUGUUUAAUAGAACACAGUUGUAUGAGAUUUCAAACUAAGGGAAGAAUGAAGGACAGACCACGUAAAAAACAUACAUUGUCAAAGGCAUAAAUAUGAAUAAUAUUCAAUAUUAAAAUAUUUUAUGGACUAAAUUAUAAGAAAAUAUAUCGUAUACAAAUUAUA